GGACGAUUACAUUCAGCUUUACUAUGUAUAAUUUGGACGGUCGCCGUCGGUGGCUACUUACACCGCCGUGAUACACGUGUUGGUAGGCAAAGUAGGCUGUGGACGGUGAUCGACAUGCGCAUAGGUAAAUUUUCUGACAUCAGAUCGACUUGACUAUCUGUUGGGGUUGAAGGAUACCUAGACGUUAUUUCGAUUUUGAAGGGUUGUCAAACUCACAGCUUCACACUAUUAUCAAGCACCUCGAGACUGUAACAACCGCCAUGGCCCCAAUGCCUGAAUCUGUUAUAGAGAAUUAUCGCUAUACAGCCCUUCCAGAAUCAGGACCCGGGGAUCAUCAUAUUCGCCUCCUCGAUAUUCUUCCGGGUGGUCCUAAGGAUGAAGCACUCAGGCUUGGCUUGAGAACAACUCGUCUGGAAGAUGACCCGACGUAUGAAUGUCUCUCGUAUGCCUGGGGCACAUCAGAUGGAGACCGCGAAGCAAAGGAUGUUUUCGUUGUGGGGCCUGAUGCCGAGUCGUUCAAACUGAAGAUUCGCAAGAACCUCAAUGACGCCCUUCGAGCCUUACAGCACCCGUCGCGACCGCGCACUAUCUGGGCAGACGCCAUUUGUAUUAAUCAGGAGGACCACGAGGAACGCAGUAACCAAGUCAUACUUAUGGGCCUGAUAUACUGGUCGGCGUCAAGAGUUAACAUCUGGCUCGGUCCGGAUCGACGAGGGGUUGCAAAGAUGGCGUUCGAAGCCGUGAAGCCGAUAUCAGCUGCACAUUGGAAGACCGAUGCUAGCCUGUCGAGUUUUAGUAAAGAACAGGCCGCCUCGCUCGACCCGCUUCCUUGGGGAGGAGUCGCGGAGCUUUAUCGAAAUUCCUGGUUCGAGCGCGCUUGGGUGCAACAAGAGCUGGGCCUUUCAAAGGAGGCCUUCUUUUACUGGGGAGACGCCCCUCCGGUCGAUGUGAGAGAUGUAUUCGGCUUCGAUAUCUGGAUGGAGAACGUCGGUGAUGCAGUGAGAGCUCGGUUCAUCGGGGAUGCAUCUGCAGUGCGAGGAACACGGAAUUUGUGGUUGCAGUAUAGUCGCGUGACUCGCAGCGACUGGCCAGGAGACCAUGACCAAUUCAUGGCCCAAAAUCCUUUCCUUCAGGUUCUAGUUGACGGCUCGAACUGCAAAGCUACUGACCCGCGAGAUCACGUAUACGCCUUCUUAGGCCAUCCCGCCGCGCGAAGGCAAUAUGCGUAUGAGAACGACCAGAGCAUGGACUAUGAAGAGAUAUUUAAUGACGUAAACCACGCCUUCAUAACUCCUAACUAUAGGAAGACUACCGAGGAGGUGUAUCUGGACGUCGCCAAGAAAUUGUUAGAGCAACAUGAUGACUUAAGAUUACUUGGUGCCGUCUCGCAUUCUGCGGGGACAAUUGCGUCGGAUUAUCCCAGCUGGGUGCCACGGUGGAAUGCCAAUCAACACCGCAAAACCAUUGGCAUAUCUGUUUCUAUAUGGCCAACCAGGAUCGAAGUCCCUGAGCUUCCCGUGACGCGUAUCGAGGCUAACACACUCCACGUCCAAGGCUUGAUAAUCUCAACCGUCUCUGGUCUUCUCAAGUGGACUGAGGAGUGCAUACAGAAUGCUAUGGUGGAUGUGUUUGCCAGGAAAAACAAUAUAGAGAUGUUACAUGGGAGGCGGCUGUUUCAAACGAAAGAAGGACGGAGGGGUAUGGUACAAGAUAUAGUACAAGCCGGAGAUGUCGUGACUCUCUUGGUAGGCGCAUGUUCUCCUUGUGUCCUGAGGUAUGUAGAAGGUGAGAGGUUCAAGCUCGUGGGUACUUGCCUGAUGCUCGGUCUUGCAGAUGACGAUCUGAACGACAUGAUUAAUAAGAGGAGAGGGGAAAUACAGGAGUUGGUAUUGGUGUAAAUAAAAUUAGUAGCAGCGGCUGCUGUUAAUAAAGUCACGGUUAUCUAGGG